GUGAGGCGCCUUACAGGUUACCACGGUAACAAUGACAGACCUCGAUUUUGUUUACUGUGAAGACCUAGCAAGAAGGAUUCAAGAAGGAUUCGACGUUAUCGCUUCGAGUGGCCUGAGGUCGUUAUCGCGGUUAUGUAAUAAAGAAUACUCCACCCCGUCGUUUUUAGUGUUUUCGCACCUUCCGUCGAGCACCGCCAACUGUGCAUGUCGCUAUCGUCACCGUUGUCCUCGUCGUCUGUGUCGUCGCUCGCAGAUGCUUCCACAUCGUCCAUUACGACGACCACAGAGUCGCAGUCCAGCACGACUGCUGCGGAGACGACGUCUUCUCUGACGAUAACUUCAUCGACGAGCACACAGCCAACGUCGACCACCACUUCGCCUUUGACUACUAAUACACCGACAUCGACCUCGACCUCGACAUCAUCAUCGUCUUUGCCGACAUCGACAUCGAGCAGCAGCAUUAUAGUGGUGACAACGACCAGCUCAUCGUCGACUACCUCGGUUGUUCUGACCCAGACGACGAGUUCCACAUCCACCAGCAGCUCCACCAGCACAAGGAGCACUUCUCAGACCUCCGCCGUAGCCACCACCAUCAUCAUAACCGAGUCAAAUGGCCAGCAGGUCACCUCUACCUCCACCGUCCUCGCAACUUCUUCCUUGUCUGCAGCCGCUUCCUCUGCCACUGCCGCUACCAGCACAUCCUCCUCUUCCCACACAGGUGCCAUCGUCGGUGGAGCCAUUGGCGGAAUAGCUGGUGUCGCCCUCCUCCUUGGCCUCGUCUGGUUCCUUUAUAAACGUAACAGCUCAAACCGCCUCUCCGCCCAUUUCGAUGGCAACUUUGACCCAGACCGUAUCGUCGCUCGUCCACCCGACGUCGGCCUCAAUCUCGACGAUGAACGCGACAACGACGGCAUGGGCGGGCGUUUGGGCGGGGCGGAUAUUGGUGCAGGCGUCGUAUCCCCAUUCCCCAUCUCCGCGAGCACGAAUAGCCAUGGAAGCUCGGGUCAGUCAUAUGCGAAUUAUUACACCGGCUCCCCGGCUUCUCCUCCCCCGAUGUCCCAAUACUCGGGUGAGUCCUCUGGCUAUCCUACCGCCAUAUUCAACCCGUACGCGGCUAGCAUUCCCCCGAGAUCCCCGCCACCCGGCUCUUCGUCGAGUGGGUUGGGAGGAGGUGGAGGCGGCAUGUCAGCCAAGGAGCGUGAGGUCCGCCAGAAUCAACUCGGCGUCGUCAACCCUGACGAGAGGAGCGCUUACCUCGCUAACGGCCCCAGCGGUGUCAUCCAGCACCAGGAUGCAGGCCCUAGCGAGAUCCCACCUGCGUAUGAUAGUUGGGAUGCCGGUGCCGGUGCCAGUGCCAGUGCCUCGAGAUAGCCACUUUUUAUAUUUAAUCCGCGUUUUUUUACCUUGACGUUCUUAACUACGCUGGACGACGCUUCACUUUAUAUCUUAUUGUACCCUUAGACUUUCUUGAACCUAUUGCCCACUUAAGGGUCCAACGACAUUUUCCUACGCGUACCUUUCAAUGACCUUUCACGUAUCACCGUCAUCCACUCCAAUUCAGCAUUGCACUUUAUCUGAUUCAAGGUCACCU